UAUUCAUAUAUAUCCUCUAGUAAAGUAAAAUUCUAUUCCCAUAUAAUUCAGUGCAUGGUGACAAACCGUCUCUGUUGAAUCCGAAAGCGUUCUCUAAUCACCAAUCCUCCACUCUCCCUCCUUUUAAAACCUUAAUAAAACGCUAACAACUCGGCAUUUUCCAUUGCAUCACUAUGGCCACUGACGCCUCUCCGAAAUAUCGGACCCCCGAUUUCCACCCGGUAACUCCCUCUACCCCAACAACAUUACAGCAUGACGGCCUCGAGUUCUGGCAGUUUAUGAUUGCCGGGUCCAUCGCGGGCUCCGUUGAACACAUGGCUAUGUUCCCAGUUGACACUCUCAAGACCCGCAUGCAAGUCCUCGGGGCCUCCUGCCCGGUUCAGCCCAUCGGCGUGCGUCAAGCCUUUAACUCGAUACUGAAGCUUGAGGGCCUUGCGGGUCUAUACCGUGGAAUUGGAGCCAUGGGCCUCGGCGCAGGACCAGCACAUGCAGUGUACUUCUCAGUGUAUGAGCUCUGUAAAGAGUACUUCUCCCGUGGAGACCCGAAUAAUUCCGUGGCUCAUGCAGUUUCGGGUGUUUGCGCAACCGUUGCAAGUGAUGCGGUGAUUACGCCGAUGGAUGUGGUGAAGCAGAGGUUGCAGUUGAAGAGUAGUCCGUACAAGGGAGUCGCCGACUGUGUGAAAAAAGUGUUGGUGGAAGAAGGGAUUGGAGCUUUCUAUGCGUCGUAUCGGACUACGGUAUUAAUGAACGCACCGUUUACGGCUGUUCAUUUCGCGACUUAUGAGGCUGCAAAGAGAGGGUUGAUGGAGUUGGACCCGGAGAGUGUGAGUAAUGAGAGUUUAGUAGUUCACGCCACCGCUGGUGCGGUGGCUGGGGCUCUAGCGGCUGUUGUGACAACACCACUAGAUGUUGUUAAAACUCAGUUGCAGUGCCAGGGUGUGUGCGGUUGUGAUAGGUUUUCAAGCGGUUCAAUUGGAAAUGUAAUUGACACAAUAGUGAGGAAGGAUGGAUAUCGUGGGCUGAUGAGGGGAUGGAUUCCAAGGAUGCUCUUCCACGCUCCGGCUGCUGCCAUUUGCUGGUCUACAUAUGAAGCAUCAAAGUCCUUCUUUCAAAGACUCAAUGAUAGUGCUAACUAAGAUUGCUAAGCUACAAAUAACACAUGAGCAUCAUUCUCCCUAACCUGCCUUCAGCUCAUUCAUAUUUAAUUAAUGAAAGGGCGGUGGUUAGCUCAAAUGGAGUGUUGCAUUUCUCUGUAUAUCGUCCAGUUUAUUUGCUCAGAUCGAUCGAGUAAUGUUUGGUUACUCAAUCCAUAAAUAGAAAUAAAUUAUCAAAGAAAUCCAAACUCUUUAAAUAAUUGUCAAAUUCAACGGUCAGUAUGUAUUUAUGUAUUGGUGCAUCCCU